GCCGGAAGGAAGCUGCCACAGAACGUUCCAUUUUGGAACCUUGCAACAUCAAGCCCGCGUCCGCGCCAGGGUGGGGGUCGUGCCUGCCCCGCUCCGGGUCCUGUCGCGACAUGGCCGAGCCGGGGGCGGCUGAGCUCGACUUGCUGCUGGCGGCCGCUGGGGAGAUGUACAGAGAGGCUUUCGGAGGGGCGGCCCCCGAGAUCGCGGUGUCGGCCCCGGGCAGGGUGAACCUGAUCGGGGAGCACACCGACUACAACCAGGGCUACGUGCUGCCGAUGGCCCUGCAGCUAGGUACUGUGCUGGUUGGGAGCCCGACCCAAGAUGGAAUGAUUUCCAUCCUCACUGCUGCAGAGGAAGCGGAUGAACCCAAAAGGGUGCAGUUCCCUGCUCCAACAGAAAGCAGCCCCCUCAGGGCAGGAGAGCCCUGCUGGGCCAACUACAUGAAGGGCGUGAUCCAGCAUUACAGGGCUGGUCCUCUCCCAGGCUUUAAUGCAGUGGUAGCCAGCAACGUCCCGCUGGGUGGUGGCCUCUCCAGUUCUGCCUCUCUGGAAGUGGCUACGUACACCUUCCUGCAGCAGCUUUGCCCAGACGAUGGGGACUUGGUAGCCAAGGCACUGGCGUGCCAGAAAGCCGAGCACACCUUUGCUGGCAUGCCGUGUGGGAUCAUGGACCAGUUCAUCUCUGUGAUGGGCAAGGAGGGCCACGCGUUGCUGAUAGACUGCAGAUCACUGGAGACGCAACUGGUGCCAUUGACCGACCCUGGCCUGGUUGUUCUCAUCACCAACUCCAACGUGCGGCACACGCUGACAGGCAGCGAGUACCCCACACGCCGGCGCCAGUGUGAGGAGGCAGCCAGGGCUCUUGGCAAGGCCAGCCUGAGGGAGGCCUGCAUGGCUGACUUGGAAGCUGCGAAGCGCCUGCUGAACGAGGAGGUGUACAGGCGAGCGAGGCAUGUCAUUGGGGAAAUCGAGCGCACUGCCCAGGCCGCCCGUGUGCUGCAAGCCAGGGACUACAGCACGUUCGGGAGGCUGAUGGUGGAGAGUCACAACUCUCUCAGGGAUGACUACGAGGUCAGCUGCCCAGAGCUGGAUCAGCUCGUUGCUGCAGCGAUGGAGGUCAGCGGGGUUUACGGCAGCAGGAUGACAGGUGGUGGCUUUGGAGGCUGCACAGUCACUCUGCUGGAGGCAGGAGCCACGGAGAAAGCUGUGCAGCACAUCAAGGAGAAAUACAGUGGCAGAGCAACCUUCUACUUUACAAAACCUUCAGAUGGGGCCAAGGUGCAGCCUCUGUAGAAGAACAACCUCUUCCACAAGGGGGAUCCCUUUCUCUGAUGUGGUUGAGGACCAGAUGCUCAUUAACGUGCCAGCUCCUCUUCCUGUCCCUCCUUGAAGAGAUCCAGUGAAACUCCUUUACUACCUCAUGAAACUAAGGGGAAUGUACAGAGGUGCAUUGCUCGGGCAAUAAAAUUAUAUUUUGCACAACA